AAAAAACGCAGCGAAAAAUGCUAGGAUAAACGAUGGGAUAGAUGAUAGUGAACUGAUUUGAAAAAUUUAUUAUGAUAAAUUUACCAUUUGGCUUAGUUACAUCUUAUUAGAUAAUUGGUGGCUUACGCAUUCAUACAGUAUUUCAUGAUCCACGUCGGAGUCAUCAAAUUAUCCAUAACAGUAUUAGUGUCUCACAAAUUGGGUUUAAAAUCAAGUCAUGUGACCAAAUAAAAAGUUUGUCAUUAACCAAACGAUCCAAUCGGUCUGUUUUGUCUCUGCAUUAUAGAUAUUAGUAUCGGAAACAGUUCAUUUCUUGAUUGAUUUCAUCUUAAUUCGUGACACAAUCUUCCCGUGACAUAAAGAUAUUAAAUAUGUAAAAAAAGCUGUAAAUCACGAGAUUUUCAAGACCAUAAAUAGUAAAGGAGAUCAAUGGUUGUUCUAAGUGACGCGUUUUGACUAUAAACUGUUUAAACUUUAAUACACAUGUGCAAAUCUCAUAAAAAAGAACCUCAUUCCCUUCUUGAGAGCAAUGAGACGUUCUCAAACUCUCCCUCUGAAGAAGGCACCAUAGGCGAAAGAAUUAAGCAAAGACCGCGAAGAAGUCGAAAACAGGCUGGAACAAAAACCUUUUUCGUGGCUUCUCAACAACAGGAGGAGCCUGAAACGGUUCAACUAUUAGAAGAAAAAGAACUUCAGUUUACACACGAGGAGCAGGAGACAGUUACAGGGGAAAGCGGGGGCGAAGAAACGCAAAAUAGAGAAGAAGAAUUAGAUGUUGUGACAACUCUUCUUGCAACGUUUAAACGUGGAAAAGUCCCUCUUAAGACUAAAAUGAUUGACUCGAAAAAUCUUAGUCCUGUUUUAGGGGUGUCAACUCCCUCCUAUUAUUCCGUCUCCCGACAGAUAAAAAUGAAUCCGGGUCGAAUUCAACCUGUUCCGGUGGUCGAACGAGAUAUCUUAACUGGAUCAGAGAGAUUUUUUGAAGAUAAUGCCCCACAGAAAAGGAGAUUCAGAGUAAGAAAUAUGUCUUACGAUAUUGCGAACUUCCAUAAUGAUAAAGCUGAGUUUUCUUUUAUUACUGAGAGACACAGCGAAGAACUUAAUGAACUUGAGAGAUCUAUUACAAAACACUUCACUCAAUGGGAAUUUCAGCUAAAUAGAAAUAAAAACAUUUUACUCUACGGAUUUGGGUCGAAAGAGCACAUUUUAGAACAAUAUCAAGCUUUCCACAGUAAAAACAAAAGUAUCACUUGGAAUCAUUUUUACGGUAAUGAUGACCUAUCAACUUUGGAUUCUAUCUACUUAAUGUUGCUGGAGAAUUUAUUCGACUCUCAACACGUAUUUUUAAAUUUUGAUUUGAUAAGGAAGGCAGAGCUUAUCCGUGAUUAUUUUAAAGUUACUGUUGCAAAUUCAAUUUUCAAAAUAAUUGUAAAUAAUUUUUUAAUAUAUCCUUAUAGUUAUUGUGCAAUAAAUGAAUAAGUAAAUAAUAAUUUUUUUUUAUUCACUUAAAAUUUAUUAGAUCCAUGAUAUCGAUGGUCCUUUAUUUGAAAAUCGGGAGGCCAGAGUUGCAUUAAUCUUACUUAGCGACAUUCCAAAUAUCCAUUUGCUUGCUAUUAGUGAGAAAGUCAGCUUCUUUUCCACAUGGAGCUUUAUUGAAGAAGAUAAAAUGAAUUGGCAUGCUCAUGAAGUAACGAGCUAUAGAGAUUAUAAAUUGAGUCGAAGGGCUGAAGCAACUAAACAUUCGGGGCCGAUAGCAAACAAGAAGAAAAUGGAGAAAACC